CAGCUCUCGAUGGCAGCCGGAUCCGCCAUCGAUAUUGAAGUUUGUUGCCCGUCACCAAACUGCUAGCAUCGCUCAUCAAGUAUCCUACUGCUCCGUCCAGCUCCUCUGGCACCGUCAAUCGUUUCAAUGCAUUGCCUCGGUGAAAUACUCCUCUAGCGUAUGGUCACUCGCUAUUACCGAUCACAACAUCUUCGUUAAAAAUGGCCUAUGUCGGUAUUAGUGCAGAACGUUCCCCGAAGAUGGAUGCAUCGUGCCCAGGGCUGAUACUGUUCACGCGAAUUUUAUACUGUGCCAUCUCUGCAGCAGCCUGUCGGAUCAGACAAAGAACCGCAGGCUUGGAGCAGACGUAUGCUGUGGCAGUCCGAGGAAAUACCGCUUUGUGUCCCGCCGUCGAGGAUAUACAGAUGACAUUGCCUCCAGUUUUUUGCUUAAUCAUAUGUUCGGCGCAGAUUUGUACCGUCGAGAGCAUUCCGUUCACCUGCCCACCAGUCAAUGAGAAAGGUCAUCUCAUUGCUGAAAAGAGGACUUACAUUGACGGCGAACGAGGCGUUCAUGUCGUCUACGGUGUGUUCCAUGAAUGGAUUAUCUACUAUAAUAGCUGCUGCUGCGAUGCUUUGUCACUCAGAUUGUGUUUGGAGACGACUAAGUUCGACCCCUGCCUUCCUGCGCAACCGACAAGCUGCGCACUUCCACCAUUUCCAGCAAACCUCUUCCACGCUCUAUUUCUCCCCCAAAACGGAUUAAAUUUGAAAUUCUACUAAGCAAGACGUAAAAUCCCCUACAGUAAUCUCCU